GGCCGGUCUCGGGCGCUCGGUGCCACCGAGGCUUUCUGUCCCGCUUCGGCCGCCGUCGGCUUCCCUUUCGGCCCCGUCCUCCGCCUCCCGGCGCGUCCGCUUGGCCCACCGCUCCGGCCCCGCCCGCCAUAUUGCCGCCGCCGCUGCCGCCGCCUUUGGAGGGAAGAGAGAGCGACGGACGCACGCAGGCAUGGGUGAGGCUAAGCGCUCGGCGGGGAGGGCCUGCGCCGGGCAUGGGGCGCCUCCUCGGGCGCCUCUCCCUCCCCCUCUCUGGGCUCCCGGGGUGGGCGGCGAGAGGGUCUCCUCCCUUCCUUGAGGGCCUCUUCGGCCCUUCUCUCCCGGGUCUCCUCCGCACCCCAGUCCGGCCUCUGGCGUCGCUGCUCCAGCGAGGCCUUCGCGCUCAGUCCCUUGAACGUGGGGCGGGGGCUCCGCUGAGGCCGGGGCUGUAUUCUGCUGCCCUUCUGGGCCGCCUCUAAGCAGCAGCAGCAGCAGCAGCAGCAGGAGGAGGAGGAGGGAGUCUCCCCCGUCUCCCUCCGCGGCUGAGUUUGAGGCAGGAGAGAAGUGCCAGCCCUUCACGAUACGUCUCUGUGUGAGGGGAGAUAUAUAAAUAACCCAACAGGAGGGCGGGUCGUCGGGCGAUUCUCCCUCCUCGGCUGCUUCCUCCCUUUCCGGCAGCUCUCACUGCUGCUCCCCGGCGCCCACGCCCCUGGCUCCAGGUAUUCCCACCGUGCCGGCGUGGCUUCGGCCCCAGUUCUAGGAGGGUGGGUGAGGUGUCCCCAGUUCUCCUCCCUACGGGCGAGGUGCUCCAUCUCGCGCCAAGAGGCAGCGCUUGUUAGGUGUCCGUCUCUUUCCCUCUCUGUGGGCUAGGAAGGCCCGCCGUCGGUGUCCCUGUCGGCAUUCGGGGCUUUGCUUUUUGCGCCCAGGAGUCGUGCGUUCUCCCUCCCCAACCCAAAAGUCCCUGUGGCAUUGGUUCGGUUGAGGUAGUUUUCCCCCGCUUCUCUGGCUUCAAAAUUUAUUUAUUACUUAGUUAUUGAUUACAUUUAUAUACCACCUUUCCUUCCAAGGAGCUAAAAGUGGCACACAUUAGGGUCUCUCCCUACUAUGUUAAUCCCCACAACAACCCUGUGAGGUAGAUUAGGCUGAGAGUAAGUGACUGGCUCAAGUUCACCCAGUAAACUUCCUGGCUGAGUGGGGGAUUCGGACCUUGGUAUUCCAAGUCAUAGUCCAGCACGCUAACCAUUAUACCAAAUUCGUUCUUAUGUUGGUAAGUACAUCAGAAGGUGGAUAUUGGGAGUAUUUUGAGGGCCUGUGUGGCUCUAAAUUUACAUUCCCACUCUUGAUAAACUUCUACUUGGCUUUUAUUGAGGUCUUCCUGGGCGUGCAAACCUCUUUUUGAGUCUGUUCACACAGCAAGACAAGUGCACUCCUGGGCUAAUUUUGCAGAGUAACAAUAUGAAACAGUAAAGAAUGUUUGCAUGGGCAGUCACUUUGACAUAUUGGCGGUUUCUGAAAUUAUUUUACUUCUGAAUGUGUAGUAAGAUACAAGUUGUUGCCUUAUACCAGGGAUGGGAAACGUGGCAGUCCCUUGUUGCUGGAUUCCCAGUUCCAUAAUCCCUGAUUUUUGGCCAUGGGGCUGAGGGUGAUGUGACUUGUACUCCAACAUUAUCUGGAGGACCACAGCUUCUCUAUCUCUUCCUUAUACCAGCUACCUUAGUGGACCUUCUGGCCCUGGGCAGAGGGUUUUCCCAGCCCUGAUACCUGAAACCCAAUGUGUUGAAAUUCUGGGGAUUUAACCUGGGAUCUUCUGCAUGGGAAGAUCAUCCCUGUUACAGCCUUUCAGAGCUGUGCUGCUUCCUCUAAACCCCAAAACCAUCUCUGGCUUUUACUUUGGAUUGUUUAUCCUUAUUACCUCUGCAUUGAUAUCAAAGUGGUAUUAAUAGCUACUCUUGAUAGUCUUCAUACAUUAGAUGAAACUCUGUGUGUUUGCAGAGGAGGAUUGAAGUGGUGCAUCUCUCUAGCCCCACAAACAUUUGUCCUGCAAAAAUUACUUACCUGUUCUCGCACACUGGUGGUCAUUGCAGGCACAGUGAGAACAUUAAAAAGUGCAACACCACACCAACUGUUCCAGUUAACAAUUUCCCUGAGUAGAGGAGAUCUGAACUCUCUACAAGUGACUAUUACAAGUUGGCAAAAUAAUUAGAGUAGGCAGCAACAUCUGGUUUCUGAGGCCCAGUAGCAGAAGAGGUGAGGAGGUUUCUGUUAUGCAGAUCCACUGACAGGAGUGCCAUAUCGGCUCAGCCAGCACAUUUGCCCAGUAAUGAUCUCCCCAUUCUUCCUUGUAAGCAACAGCAGCAGCUCUGCUGCCAGGAGGUCAGAUAAACACUGCUCAGGCUCAUCACUCUGGGCUUGGUUUCUGCAUCUUACUUAAGUUCUAAGUUAAGUGUUGACUUAAGGAAGUUGGAAAAGUCUGUGCAUGUCAAAUUUGGAUGGGCACAUCCACACAAUUGCAGCUCCAGUUUCGGGGAUGCAUGUGCAGCUUCAGCACUAAUCCUCAGGGUGGGAAAUUAAAACCUUCUCGUUCGUGAGCUGCAGCAAGUUGAAGUACAGGCAGCGACCAUUUUAGGUACGUCUGAUAUGUGUGCGACUGCACACACAUGCAUCACAUCAAACUCGGAAGUGUCACAAAAGGGACAGGGCAGGGCAGCCGGAACAUAACCCCCAUACAAAUUGCUUGCUGCCUAUACAGGGUUAGAUAGCGCAAUGGCCUCACUGUAUAAGGCAACUUAAUAUAUUUAUAUGCUUUCUGUGCAUGGGAUGGCUUGGCUCUUUGUUCUUCCUGCCAGUCCAUGUGGAAAAGGGGGUAUUGCCAAACCACCUCAAAAGCAGGCAUUCUGAACAGGUAGUUACCACACUUGCAAACUAUGGAGGAAUCUGUUCCCUGAUUAUCCUGACUUUUACUUUUAUCACAUGUAUUAAAAAGCAGUAAAGUAGAACAGCAAAAUAGGAUCACAUACUGCUGUUGUUUAAAGAACUGCACGGGUUGCCUUUUUGAUACUGGGGCCAAUUCAAGGUGUUGGGACUGGUGUAUAAAGCCCUGAACAACUUAGGACACAAAUAUUUAACGGAGCACCUCUUUCAAUAACUAUUAACUUGAGUUUUGAGAACUGUGAGGUAGGCCUGGACGAUACCCGGUUUUCAGCGUCGUGAUAGACUAUCACUAGCUAAACAUCACAAUAUACUGAUAUACCAUGAUGGAUGGAGCUGUGUAGAGGCAUUGGCUGGCUUCAUGGUUUUCCCCGCAUUGUGAUUUUUGUAUAGAACACACACAUCAUGAUUCAUGAUAUAUUGCCAAGUCAAAAAUUAUGAAACUGAUAUAACAAUAUGGAUUUCAGACCAGUUUUGGGCGAUAUAUCAAUAUAUCGCCCAGCCCUAUUGUGAGGGGACUCCUGUUUGUCCUGUCAGCACUUGUAGUUUGUUGAGUGGUGACGUGAGAUGGGGCCUUCUUGGUUGCAGCACCUCAGUUGUGAAAUUACGGUAACUUUCUGUGGAGGUAUGGAUUUCCCCUUCACUGAUAAAUUUCCAGUUUCAGUUGAAGCUGCAUCUAUUUCUUCAGGUCUUCGGGAGAUGAAUGUUAUCUGGAGCUGAGCAGUUCGUAAUUGGUUUGUGCUGUACUGAAAGUAUUCAUGGUUGUAAAGUAUUCAUAGUUAUUGCUUUUUUCAAAGUAGUGCAUUUUAUACUGUAUUUUAUUUUAUUGUAUUUGUAUACUUUCCUGGGAGCCUAUGAACAGCUAUUCAGAGAUGAAAUAAUGAUAAAGUAUGAUCUUCCUAGCAUCCUGAUAAUUUUAUUUUAUUUUCUACAGAGAAGGCUUUUUGUCUAAUAUGAUUCCAUUUGAGGAGUCUGGGGCCAAGGUUCCUAAUUUUCUUAAGAAUAUGUAAGUUCUUCUUUUGGCCCUAAAACAGCUUACAGUAAAAUAAAACAUUUAACAAAUUAAACAUCCCAGAUAAGGGGAAAUACACCUAAAAUCAAGGGCAAGGUGGAUUCAAAUCAAAACUCAUUCAGGCAGCUGAAGGAAAAGAAAUGGUGGAAGAAUUGUAGUGUUAUGUAGUUAAAUUUGCCUGGAGUACUUUAGGAGUACAUUUGGUAUACAGUCAUACCUCGAGUUGAAUGUGCUUCGGGUUUCACCGCAUGCGCGGUAGCGGCGAAACACGGCAUGCGCCGUCGCGUCUUGCGUUCCAUUCGGAAUACGAAUGGGGCUCCGGAACAGAUCCCGUUUGCAUCCCGUGGUACCACUGUACUGUACUGGCAAUAGUCUAUUCCUUGGUUGCUGCAGUAUUUCAGUUGGUCUUUGUAACAUUGUAUCAGUUGCUGGAAGAGCACCUAAUGCACAUAGCAAGGGUUGAACAGGGCUGAGCCAGGGUCCUGCCUGUAGUUGAGAGACUGAGAACAUCAAAUCAGCACUGAGCCAGGAAGUCACCAGUUCAAAGUUCAUCUCAUCACGUUGUCUUAGGCAGGAUGUUGUUCUCAUAGGCUUCCUGCCUCACCUCAUUGUGCUGAGAAAGUUAGCCUACCUUGUGGAGGGCUGUAAGAAUUUUUGUGGGUGUGUAAAUGCUAAGUUUUUAUUGUUGCUUGAUAGUUGUUGCUGUUGAUUCCCAUAAAUUUGAAAUUGGGGACAGAUAAUUUAUAUCACUUCCAAAGCUGUGUUAAGUAAAACCCUAAUCUGUUUAAGUGCUGCUAGGAAGGCAGGGCAGAUGAAUGCCUGGACACUUGCAAAGUAGCAGUUAGUAGCAGUGGAUGACACAGCUCCUAAAAUGUGGGUUCAGGUGUAGGCUGUUUGGUAGAUGCAUUGAAGAUGCACCUUCAGCUACUUGUCAUAGUUAAGGAUUCCUUGCUGCUAGCAAGCAAGAUACUUUGAGUGUACAAAGCAAUUCAUACAUUAUCUCAGUGAUCCCUAAGCAGCCCUAAAGCAGCCCUAUAGUACCUUAAAAAUGGAUUUAUUGUGGCGUAUGUUUUUGUAAUGUGUCAUGAACUACACAAUCUUAGUCUUCAGAUGUUGCAAAACUUUGCUUCAACACACUAACACAGCUACUUCUCUGGAAUUCACAGCAGUCACUGCAGAUCAAUAUUAUUCCCAUAUUGCAGGUGCUUGUACAUGUAGGAGUGAGGCUGAGAGAAUAGUGGCUUGCACACCUUUUCGCCGCACCAGCUCUGCAAUUGGGGCGUGGAAGGGAGUACUCCAGGAACACCCUGAAGGAGCCUGCAAUGAUGCUUAAAAGGGAAAAAAUCUUAUACCCUCAACUUUUGUCCAUAACAACUCAAAGUGGCUAACAAUAAAUCAAUUAAACCAACUAAAUGUAAUAAAAAAUUGCCACACACUAUGGCUGAUGGUCCAGCCAUAGUGUAGACUAGUGACAUGUGGCCCUGACGUCCUACUCCUACUUUAAUGAAAAGACCAUGAGACAGAGUAGGAUGGUUGCACAUCCACGAACUAAACCCUGUUGUUUGGUAAUUGAUCACCACCCACAUAACUGCACUAGUCAUUUUGUUUGGUCUGGCUCUCCUUGGAUUUAGCUACCUUGGUUGUAACUUCUGCCAUUAUAAUGCAGUUGUCAAAACUCAGAUAAUGUGUGAUCUGAUUAGGUGGACUGUAUCUGUCUAAUCCCCACCGAUAUUGUGUGACACAGAGCUGGAAACAUUUCAGACACCCAGAUGUUGAGACAUUUGGAUAUUGCCACCUCUAGGUGUGAUGAUGGCCUCCAUCACCGUCUUUUAUAGUAUAUCUACAUCAGGAGAGGGGAGCUUCUGGUUUGUGGGCUAAUCUUGGCCAGCCAGGGGAUCCAAUUUGGCCAACAAGGCCGUUUCCCCCAAAGCAGACCCACCCACUUAUCAGCUUAUGUCACAGAUGAUGUUAGCUGAAUGGGGCAGGAGAAAAGGGUUUAAUCCUGUGUUAGCUGGACUAUCCUGUUCCCAGCAAUGAACAAGAUUGUGCAACCAAUGUAGCAGGAUUCAAGCCUGUUCAUUAGCUGAGCAGGGAUUUAAGCCCUGUGCAAAAGUGCCCCAUUGAAGCAGCUCUCGUGUGCAAGCUGGUUCAAAAAAGCUUUUGCAAAGGCUCCUGCACUCCUGUCUGAUCCUCUGGAAGCUCAAAUGGGAGUGCAAAGUCUCCUUCCUACCCCUUUAAGUUCCUGAUAUUGAAAGCUUAAGCCUCUGAGAUCAAGAGCUUAAAAGUGGGGAACAGGAAGACAUGCAAAGUGCAAGGUAUUUUGACAGGUGGACAGCCCUGAGAGGCAGAUUCUGAUAAAGAUCUGGCCUGUGGAGCCAAAAAGUCUCCCUACUUCUGAUCUACAUCUCUUACACAAGUGUGGUGGAGUUGUCCAACUGUUGCCCUCCUUUGGCAGGAUUGCUUGGCCAUCAUUAUGUCCUAGAUCUCAAAAUGCUUUAUUUUCCUCCCUCGUGUGGGAGCCAGCUUGGUCAGCAAAGUAGUGCAUUCCACAGAUGCUCAUGUGCUGCUGGCUUUUGUGAGAUCACUGGGUGGGUGGGAUUGAGUAAGCCAGCCGUGACCACAGCACCAGGCGAGCUGAAAGAAUUGCUGGGAUGAAGAUGAUGUUGUUGUCAGCACAGAGGGCACUGUGCCCAAAACUCUUGGCUUCGGUAAUCAAUCUUACCAUUGGGAUCAGUCCUAGUUUGCAGUGUGUGCAUUUCUUUUUUUCUUUCUUUUCUUAAAUUUGUCAGUUGCUUUAUCUUGCCCAGGGGAGUCUAAAGCAAAGUUGCAACCAAACAAACAGCAGAUCCCACAUAGAUACAUUAAAACCAAGAGGAAAGAGAAAUGCAUUAAAACCAACCCACCUACUUCUAAAAGGCCACAGAAAUAGUAACAGAAGACUGUGAGACAUGGAAGACAUGCUUCCCUGGCUUGUAGCCUUUUUUCUACCUGGCCUGGGAGGGGAAGGCCCUGACUGACUCCCGCUAUAAAAGCUGAGGUUGCUGAAGAUGCCAGGGACCAUCUUGGUUGUCUCUUAGUGCAGACCCAGAUAAUCAAGUCUGAGCAUCUACAGCUGCCAGCCACCGUGAACCAACAUUGCCAGGAUUGGCAGCAAUAACAGCAGAACAUGUUCUAUGCUUAGGAUAAUAUUUUGUUUUCUUGCUAAUUAUGCUGUUUUAAAUAUGUGUUUGACAAUUGACUUCCUUUAGCAAUGUUUUCUUUUGAAAUGUUUUAAGAAUUUUUAAAAAAUUAACUUUGCUGUGUUAAUGUUUUAUUUAGGAAAACUUUAAGGUAAUAUUUUAAUUUCCAGUUAAUUAUACUACUUUUAAUGUAUACUUUAUAUUUGACUUUCUUCUGUAUUGUUUUCUUCUGUAUUGUUUUUAUUUGAUGUUUUAAUGUAGGUUGUAAACUUCUUUGAGAUUUCCCCCUCCCCCUCCCCCAUGCCCUGCUAUCAAGUCUUGCCUACACACUUCCUUAUGUGCUCAUGGCCGUCCUUCCUUCUAAUGCCUUAAGAUACUUUGGGCAAUCCAGACAGGAAGGCAUGUGAGGAGUGGGAAUGGGUUUGAUUUCAGGGCCAUUGCUUGCUGAGCCCUUAAAAUGACAUUUACCCUAGAUUCUGGCGUAUUAGGCGACUGGGCGUAUAAGACAACUCCCCAAAUUGGCAGCACCAAUUUGGGGGGUCUUAUACGCUUCGGCAGCUUCGCUGGGCAGCGGCAGUGGGUGGCGGGCUCUGCACUGGGAGGAAGCUGCCCAGCGAUGCUAAGCCGGCUUUGCUGGGCGGCUUCCUCCCAGCGCGGAGCCCACAGACCACUGCUGCUUCAGAAGCUGCUGCCGCCGCCGUGGGCGGCAGGCUCCACGCCGGGAGGAAGCCAGCCGGCUUAGCAUUGCUGGGCGGCUUCCUACUUAUGCGGAGCGGAGCGCGUCGCCCACUGCUGCUGCGGCGGCAGCUUCGGAAGCAGCAGUGGGCUCACUGCCGGGAGGAAGCCAUACCCGGCGUAUAAGACGACCCCCGACUUUUAAACCCCUUUUCCGGGGUUAAAAAGACGUCUUAUACACUGGAAUCGACGGUACUGGCUUUGCCUACACACAUGUUCCUAAAGCAGAUUGUAUGUUGGGUCUGCUAAACUGGUUGCAAAUAGCAAGUGGCUCAGGUAUUGUUUGAAUGUUGAGUUCAGCCUCUUGUGUCCCACUACAUUGAAAACAGGUUCCUAGCUGUACAGGAGCCCAGUUGGUCCUGACAGGAGUCAAUAUUACCAGAGUUCUAAUUACUAUACGUGAGCCCUUUGGAGAGGUGGUAACUUUUAGGGGAUGACAAUUUAAUUGUGUCUGUGGCUGUAUGUAGAGAGUGGAGCCUCUUUGUUUCUACUGUAUGGACAAAGCAGGGCUCUGCUUUCCCUUCCUGUCCUCCCUUUUCUCUUACUGGCUGUAGGUACACAUCUGGUAGUGGUUUUGUGUUUGGCCGUGAAAUUCACUAUGAGCCCUGUUGGAAAGGGAAUCUCUGUAAAGCAGGAGGUUGGCUCUGUUUCUGACUUGGGGGAGCAGACAGAAAGCUUGACAGUUCCAAAACCACAUUGGACUGCUGGGCCACACCUUCUCAACUUGGGCAAGCACUUGCACCUUCUCUCUCACCCACCCAGUGAAAUUCAGGGCACAUAACUGGUUUAUUUAAGUGGUAUUUUUAUUUUACCAUUUAAAUUUUGCAUUCUGCAUUUUUUAUUGAUGGGUAAAAACCAUCCAGAGAAUACAGAUAUAUGCAUGGCAAACAGAUGUAAUAAAACAAAUAAUUGAGUGACAUGAUUCAGAUCUUCCCAUCGCACAUUAUUUGAAUGUAUGGAGGGUAGUCUGAGAGGGGCUUCUGUGCCCUUAUUUAUUUUAGAAAAGCAUUUAUCAACAGCUUAAUAUUUGAAAACGAUCUAAGUGGUGAAAAGAAACAAUGCUGUUAAAACAAAAUACAGCCUAAAACCAAUUAAGGUAAAGGUAAAGGGACCCCUGACCAUUAGGUCCAGUCGUGACCGACUUUGGGGUUGCGGCGCUCAUCUCGCUUUAUUGGCCGAGGGAGCCGGCGUACAGCUUCCGGGUCAUGUGGCCAGCAUGACUAAGCCGCUUCUGGCGAACCAGAGCAGCGCACGGAAACGCUGUUUACCUUCCCGCCGGAGCAGUACCUAUUUAUCUACUUGCACUUUGACGUGCUUUCAAACUGCUAGGUUGGCAGGAGCAGGGACCGAGCAACGGGAGCUCACCCCCUCGCGGGGAUUCGAACCGCCGACCUUCUGAUCGGCAAGUCCUAGGUUCUGUGGUUUAACCCACAGCACCACCCGUGUCCCUAAAACCAAUUAAACAACAGCAUGAAAGCAUCUAAAAACAAAUAAAACAGGGAUUUGUGGGAUUCAGACACAUGAAACGGGAUCUAAACUGGGCAUGUGUCUUCUGAAGGUGUGAUGGUCUUUGCAUAUUGAGUAUGUCAGGAGAAGGCAGGCUUGAACAGAGGUGAGAGUUUCUCUCAAUCCAGAGAAAUGAGCAAGGGGGAAAUCUAGUUGGUCAUUCCCUAGUGACUGCCGCAUGCUUGGCACAGAGUGAGACCAUCACAAAAUACUCCUGCUGAAUCCUGGACUUAGUUUGCAUGGAGGAGCCUGCAUUUUAAGCCGAUGAUGUCUGCAGGUGGUGUUUGCUGCCAAAUUGCUCACUGGCUGCUCAUACUUCCCUUGGCACCAGGAGCCAAAGAUGACAAGCACUCUGUCACACUCUGCCGUCAGCUUGCCAAAUUUAACUUGUGAGCCAGUCUCUUAAUGGGUGAUGGGAGCUCUGUAUUGGAUAGUACAGGAUUUUGUCAGAGAGGUCCCUUAAAUACACCUGCUGGGUAUAUAAUUAAGAGAACUGGAGAUCUGUGUGUCUAUUCUCCCUUCCUUUGCAGUGCCUUAGCAAUUCUCCACUGUCCCCCUCAACAGUAGUACUGUCAGAUUCCAUAUUUACUGGGAGCAGCUGUUUGGAACUUGGAAUUUCCACAGAGCCUAGCAGGGCUUAGGAUAUCACUAGUCAAGAUGGAAGCAAAGACUGCAAGUGAGGAGAUAGCUGGAUGAAUUUGGGCCCAGUUUCUAGACUGGUGUGCACAUCUGAUUCCAAGUUGGGAGGGAAUGCCAGUGUAGGAGACAUGUGGGGAAGGUAGACAGCGUGUUUUGCCAUCAAACUAUAAUGUAUACUCCAGCCCUUGACUAAGUUCUUGAGCUCUAAGUGUGUACUUUGCAACCUCUGAGCUGUAGGCGCGGGAUGUUACUGUGUCAUGAAGGAGCAGAAUCUAUUCCAUGCACUUUUUGCAAGGAAUGGAUCCUGAGAGUGAACCUACUGCUGCUUUGUUUGCUCUCCGUGACCUCUGCACAUAGUCCAGUUGUGUUGCAUACUGCCUUGAUGCUGGCUGGGCUAGGCUACAUGAUGGUCAAUUGACUAGCAUCACCUGUAUGACUGAUCUAAAGAAAGAGACCCAUUUAAAAAACAGUGGUUCCAUCAAAAUACACCUGAUAUCUGCAGACAGGUGCCAAAAAGGUGACUGUUCUCAGCAUUAGGGUGGUUGGGGAAGAAAUCCCCCCCCCCAAAAAAAACCCCCAGGUAAACCUCUGAUGCAGCCUUGAUUCUUUCACAUUUGGCAUAAUAUUUUUUAAAGUGAUGUGGGCUGUUUCUAACAUUUUGUAUAGUUCUGUACAGGUGAAUUUCUCUGUCCUGCUGACCCCCAGCACACCCACAUUUCUUUUCCCACAAGUCCUGCUGCUUGGGCUUCCCUUUAUUGGUAUGUGAGUUGGGAUAAAAACACUGCUGCAUUUGUCUAAUCCAUGUACACAUUAGCUCUCCCCCCCCUUCUGUCUGCUAUUGAGUCUGACUCAGCAAUGCAAGGCCGAGUUUUAGACAUCUGGGUUUCAGCAAUUACUCAGCAGAGAUGAUUGGUGAAGUAGGAAGCACAAAGCGGUGACAUAGUUAACAGGAGACUGGAAAGCCAAAGCUGAAGUUUGGACCCGGCUCUGCUGUGCUUCCUGAGUCAAUUUUGGUAAAGGCUUGAGCAGCCAAGGCUACUGACCUUCAGUGAGAAUGAUUAGAUAGGUUUAUAGCUCUCUGUGUCUUCAAGGACUUAGGGUGGGUGUUGGCCUUUCUAAAAACACCAGUCUUAAGUUUUGAUAGGAGACAGAAGCAGGAGGGUGACGAGGGGUGAGAAAAUGCAGUUCUACAUAGCACUUAGAUGGGUGUGGUUGGGAGUGGAGGACUAGCUUGAGCUCAAACAGUUUAGGGAAAUCUGGGUUUGGGGGAGUUUUGAAGAAAGAAAGAUGAGUGGUACUUCGUAGACAAUUCCCAGGCAGAGGCGGCACCAAGGGAGAACAGGAAGAAUUCAGGAGCAAAUGAUCUUAAAGAGUAGUGGAAUAAGAGGUUCAAGAGCAGGGAAAAGUAACUAGGAGGAUUGAGAGGGAAGUGGAUCUGGGCUAGAUUGUUAAAGAUUUGCAGCCAUUCCUUAGACAUGUAAGUUUGUGGUGGGAACGAUAGUUGAAAUUUUCCAGGAAGAGCUUUGCAGUCAUCCUGAGUGAAGCAGAGCUGUCUUAGCUGCUUUAUUGGUAGUUCCCCACUAUAGUCCAUUUGACAAGCUUCUUUUGCUACCCAGCUUUGCAGUGAAGUUGAAAAUUUUCUUUUGUGACAUGUGAUGUUGCUAUGGGAAUGGGGUGCCAUUAUCAUGCAUACCUCGUUAUGACUUCAUUGGUGGGGUUAAGGCCUGGGCAAAGCCUGGACCAAAGGCUGGCUGAAAGUGGGAUUGGAAGUUGAGAAUUGGGUAAACAGGUGCUAGAUCCUACUUGUAUCAUAUAAAAAUUCCUUUUCAGUCUCAUCCUUCCCUCAUUUUUCUUCAACUGCUACCUGCAGUAGCAUAAGAUUGAAGAAACAAUCGGGCGCACUCUGCAGGUUCUGUACCUGGCCAAAGGUGGAAUGUUUGACCAACUUGGGUUUUGAGAGCAUUCCUGUUUGGUGUUGGAGAAGCAAAGCUUCUAGGGUGUUCUCUGCAGGGAGGUUGGCUUUGGAACAGAGGUGGACUUUUAGGCAGCUGAGCAGCUAAUCAUUUUAACCAUUUAUGUCAGAUACCUUAUAAUCCUUUUAGAUUGAAAUGAACUGCUAGAUGAUAGAUAAGAAGGAAAGAGGAGGAUUUGGCCUCCCUGACUUGGAGUUGCAGUGGGUUUGACCUGGUUAAAAGAAUGGAUUAAACUAGACGAUUCGGAUGUAUUGGAUUUAGAAGGAAUAGAGACGAGAUUUGGAUGGCAUGCCUAUCUAAUAGAUGAGAAAGUUAAAGUACAUAAAGGCUUCCUAGGGCAUAUAAUCAGAAAGUCUAUAUAUAAAAUAUGGGAGAAAUAUAAAAGACUCCUAGAGCCAAAAACUCCAUGGUGGGCAUCGCCGGCAGAAAUUGUCGCAGUGAAAAAAUUAAAUAUGAAAGAGAACUGGGCCACUUAUAAAACUGUAUUAAAGGAAGAAAAUGGAGAAUUGGAAUUAAAGGACUUUACAGAAAUUAAAGUUCAUAUUAGUGAUUGGUUCCAAUAUAUUCAAAUUAAGUAUAGAUUAGCGAAAGGCAAAAAGAUAGGAUUUGAAAAAGAAAUUUCUAAAUUCGAUAAAUACAAGAAAAAAAAUCUAAAUUAUACAAUUUGAACUUAGAGUGGGAAACAAAGGAUGAACUGGUUAAAGCAUCCGUUAUUAAUUGGGCGCAAGAUAUUGGGAAAAAUAUUAUGCUUGAACAGUGGGGGAAAUUGUGGAAAGAAGAUAUGCAAUUCACUGCGUGUUGUAUAUUGAAAGAAAAUUACCUUAAAAUACAGCAUAGAUGGUAUUUAACACCUGAAAGAAUAGCCAAAUGAAUAAAAACUGUGGCGAUGUCUGCUGGCGAUGCAGCACAGAAAAAGGCACUAUGAUGCAUAUAUGGUGGAAUUGUUUAAAUAUCAAACAAUUUUGGGAAACUAUAUAUAAUGAAAUGAAAAAAAUGUUUAGAUAUUUAUUUAGGAAAACAUCAGAAGGUUUUCUAUUGGGAAUAGUGCCAGGAAGUUUAAAGGAAGAAGAUAAGACAUUAUAUUUAUAUGCAACAGUAGCCGCAAGGCUAUUGAUUGCGAAAAAUUGGAAAAGUAGUAUAAUGCCGACAAAAACAGAGUGGCUUGCCAAAUUAUUGGAGAAUUACAAUAUAUCCAAAACAAUGGGAGAAAUUGGAAGGAUCUCAAAAGAGAAGAUAGACAAGGACUGGAAGGUGUUUUAAAGAUACUUGCAAAAUCAUAUUGAAAAAUCAGAACUCCUAUUAGAAUAAACAAGUUCCGUUAUAAAUACUGAAAUACUAAAUAAGAUGGAUAACAAUGUGUAACAGAAAAAGAAGUAGAAAGUUGUUUUAUAAAAUAAAAAAUAUAUUUUAAAAAAAGAAAUCUGAAUCCUAGCUGAUUCAGUUCCAUCAACCCCUGCUCUACCAUCAAAGAGAAAGAGUCCUUGAAGCUGUAUGUCAUCUUGACAUUAUCUGGCACUUAAUUAAAUGGACAGUAGUGGGGUGGAUUACAUGCCGAGAACAUCACCUAAUCUUCAUUCACCCACACAUACCAUCUGCUGGAAAAUAAAAUCUGCAGGUUUAUAUGGCAAAAUAAAUAAAUAAUAAUAAAAAGAAAUGAACUGCUACUCAUUUCCCCUUCUGGGCUCAUUGCUCUUAGAUAGGGUGUGUGUGUGUACACCUUCCUAUAGGAGAAAUUUUAAAAAAACUAGAGUUUUGUGGAGGUUUAAGGCAUAGGCAGCUGCCUAUCCUGAUUCAGUCCAUUGGUCCAUCUAGCCCAGUAUUGUCUACACUGAUUGGCAGCAGUGGUCCAGGGUUUCAAUAAGGAGUCUUUCCCAGCCAUACUUUGGGAUAGAGCAUAGGGAGCCUUAUCCGUGCAAUGUCCCGACUCACUGCACGAUAUAUUCCUCAUCUGCAAAUAGAUUGUUGGUACCAUUUGGCAAGUGUUGAAAACAGUGCCUACGUUUGAGGACUAUGCCUAUUUUCUUUUGGUUGCCCUAAGAAAUGGAGUAAAAAUGACCUCCUCUUUUCUUCCACUGUUAGAAACCAUGGCGAGCCCAGCAAAAGAGAACAAUUACAGAAUGAAGAGCUACAAAAACAAGGCACUGAACCCGGAGGAGAUGCGCCGGAGGAGAGAAGAAGAAGGGAUACAGCUACGCAAACAGAAGCGGGAGCAGCAGGUAACUCCUGUGUGGAUGGUGAGCAGGGCAUGUAGGUUGACCAGAAAUAUGGCCCAGGCUGAUAGUUUCUACUUCUGGCUGUGCUCUGUGUUUCUAGAGUGUAGGAGACAGAUGAGUUUCAACUUCUUGUGUAAAUGAUUCUUUGGUCAUUGCCAUCACUGGCUAUGCGGUUCCUAGGCAGCUGGCAGAACAACAAAAUGGAUACUAAAACAUUGGGGUCUGAAUUGACCUAACCACUUGACGGCUUAAAGUUGCAGGUAGGUGGGUGGGUUCCAGUUUUAAUUAGUGGACACAUGCAUUACCUGGGGCUGUCUUUGAUCUGGUAUGCUACCAUAACAGGUAAUAAGAGGAAGUACUAGAGAGCCUUUCCUUUUAAUAAACAAAACUACUGUUCUUGAUCUCCCACUUGUAUCUCAAAAAUGCCCUUAUAUGAAGUUUCAGUAAAAUGUAAAUAAACUAAAUUUCUGGACAGUGCCUUUACACAGUGCUCAACAACUUGAACACUGUGUAAGAGACCAGUGUUUCCUGAUGAGGAGUUUUGUGGCCCUUGCAAUUAGUGUUGUUCUGUAUCUGUUUCAGAAGAUGUGGUUCUGCAAAUUGGAUUUGGGGAGGGGGCAGGAGGGGAGGGAGGCAAACCACAAAUUAUACCCCUCAGAACCUGUAGAUCGUGAGGCUUGAGGAACGAGUAGCAAGCCAGGAUGACCUGUGUCUCUUGCUAAGCUAACUGCAGCUGAAGUAAACAUUGCUUUGGAUGAUUGAAAAGGGUUGUUUAUUGUUGUUUAUUGCCAGCAGUGCACACACUCUUCUUCUCUUCAGUCCUACUGCACUAUUAUAGAAUUUGUGUCCUAGACCUCUGAUUUCUUAGAAGUGAAGAGUCCUCACAAGAGGAUUUCAUGACUGAUGAAUCUUAAAUGCUGAUGGGAACAAACAGAACCCUGCUUUCAAAGAGUGAAGGGGACUUAAGUGACCUGAAGGCAUUUGCUUAUGCCCAACAUUUGGCAUUUUUGUUUGCCAUUGAUUUGAUACAUAUCCAUUUUCUAUUUCAGCUCUUUAAACGAAGAAAUGUGGAGCUAAUUAAUGAAGAUGCUGCUAUGUCUGACAGUCCUCAUGUAGACUCAUUUGUCAGUUCCACCACAGGUGGGGUAAGUAUUCUCAGAAGCUGUGUCAUAUUCCCAUCUAAUGGCAUUUAUUGUGCUUUGGCUUAUACCACUAUAAUCUUACUAGUACAGAAAUGAAGAACUGUUUUAAGUAAACUUAAUUUACUCUCUGCUGUUCCUUUUUAGUUUUUUUGCAGAGGUGUAAGAUGAGGACCUGGUUUAUUAAUUAAAAAUGAAAUAAAAGGACCUUACAAGAUCUAAACCUGCAUGUUCUUCGGUCCAGUUUGGUAGUUUCUCAUCUGAAGAACUGUUAGAUUUGGGCAUUGCUUUGAAGAACUAGCCUUAGGACUGUUACAUAUGGGCUUUUUUCAGGAAGGUGUAAUCACAAGGGAGAUGGUGGAAAUGCUGUUCUCUGAGGACCCUGAUCUUCAGCUACUAACUACCCAACGCUUCAGGAAACUGCUUUCAAAAGGUAAAUAUAGCUAUUUAGAAUUUUCUAUUGUAAAUAGAAAUUGUAGGAAUGUUGUGUGUAUUUUCUUUGUUUGGUUGACCUUGAGAUGCUUUAAUUGCUGAAAUAGUUUGCCAGAAACUUAUGAAAAAAUCAUAAAUGAAAGUGGACUGAAUAGGUGAAGUAUAAUAAGUUAAGAAUGGGGAUAUACAAACAUGGGGUUGGAAUAUUGAUAACCUUUCAACCUUGAUUGUUCUUGGAAUGAGAGAUGGUGUUUUUAGUUUUUUAAACCAUUUCUUGACCCUUUCCAACAGUGCCUAUGGAUGUAUGUAUGCCCUGUUGGCCCUAAUUUGAAGAGCUUCUUAUGAAGAAAGCAGAUGGUUUUAAACAAAACUGAACAUAGGGUUAAAUCACAUAUAUACAAAUAGGACCUGAACUGGUGCCAUAGUGGAUCAGUUGAUGAAAAUGUCAACCUUGUGAGUGGCAGCUGUGAAACAGUCAAGUUCCAUUUUAAUGAUCCUUAGGAAAGGGAUUGAGAAUAAAAGUGACAAUGUCAUAAUGCUGUUAUACAAAUCUUAUGGUGUGACUGUACUUGGCAUACUGUAUACAAUUCUGGUUGUCCCACCUCAGAAAGGAUAUUGUAGAGCUAGAAAAGUUUACGAAAAGAGCAACCCUGAUUUCCAAUCAGGAAAGGUUGCAGCAUUUGUGGCUUCUUAAUGUAGAGAAAAGAUGAGCAAGGAGUGAUUUGAGAGGUCUGUAGACCUAUGCAUGGUAUAUAGAAAGUGGGUAGAAAAGUGAGUUUUUCGCUGUCUUUCAUAACAUUAAAACCUUGACCAUUCAAUGAAGCUGAAUGUUGAAUGAUUAAGGGGUGUGAGUCAUUGAGAGAAAGUACCUAUCCACAUAGUGCAUAAUUAAAUUGUGGGAUCUGUUUCAUAUCUUGAUGGCUUUAAAAGAGGAUUAGACAAAUUCAUGGAGGAUAAAACUAUGUUCUGCCUCUAGUCUGCCUCUGUUUAUCAGUUCCUGGGAAUAGCAAGUGAGGAGAGAGUGCUAUUGCACCAGUGUCUUGCUUGCAAGAUUCCCAUAGGUAUUCCACUGCCACUUGGAGUACAUGAUGCUGGACUAUAUGGGCUCUUCUGACGUUCUUAUGCUAUAUUCUUAAUGCAAUGGCCAUUUUAAUUGAGAAUAUUAGAGUCUUGAAAAUACGGAUGGCCUGGUGGUGGUGAGAUUUCUGACCUUGAGCUCUAUGUUGUCCACCACAUGCAGGAGCUAGGCGCUUGUCAAUACGUAAUCUUCCCUUGCCUCAGGUGUAGCCUUCAUUGAACGCUGAGAACCUCAGCUGUCGGAACAAAUAUCUUGCCUUCGUGUCAGUGAUGGAAACCGAUAAAAAGGGCAUCAGUGCUUAGUGAUGUUAAAUAAUCGAGAACAAUCUUUUGGAGAAUAUUCUCGAGAAUAUUCUUGAUUAAUGAGAAUAAUACAGAAUUUUCAUUUAAAAUGGAGAAUAUUUGUUUUAAUGCAUUGAAAAUGAUAUAAUACAUAUGACUUGCUAAAAAAAAAUCUUCCUUAGCACGUUAUGCUGCUUGCUGUACCAAAAUAUCUUGUGCAUUAUAUGGUAGACUUGCUGAUAUUUUGAGAUCAGUGAACUUGGUAUCUUGAAUUUGUUCAUCUCGUGAUAAAUGAACACCAUUAUACUUGGGAUGAAGGAUAUUUGCAGCAAAGUGAAUUGGCUGCAAUGCCAUUUCUUUUCUUAACUGCCUCUUUCAACUGUUUCUCUUCUUGCUCAAAGGCAUCACUUUUUCAAAGUGAUCUUCUAGUUCUUUAAAUGACUCAACCACCCUACUUAACUUUGGUGUGUCUGAUUCUAAUAAUGUUAUCCAUUUCACUAUUGGAGCAAUAAGGUCAUGAAAUUUUAGUACUCUUAGCCAACAUACUGCCUCAUCUAGUAUCAGGGACUUUAUAUGAUUUGAUAAAAUAUCUUCCACUUCUUCUUUUACAGCCAAAGCUUUUAAAGCAUACUUUGUGUCUGACAAACUCUUAAGGCAAAACUGAAGAGAGCUGUGGAGAAUAUUCUGUGGAGAAUUUUCUAGCAGACAAUAUUCUCAUUCUCGAGAAUAUUCUCCGGAGAAUAUUCUCAUCUCACAUCACUAUUUGUGCUAACUGCUUACAAAAUAAGUACCUAAGUGCUAUUUUAGCAUACCACUGGUGUCGUGGAGAAAAAAGUAUGUGUUAACAGUAGUCUUUCCCCCUAUGUUUAGAGCCCAAUCCUCCAAUAGAUGAAGUGAUCAAUACUCAGGGUGUGGUGGACAGGUUUGUGGAGUUCCUCAAAAAAAGUGAAAACUGCACAUUGCAGGUAAGUGAGAAUGAGAUUCCUUUGCAUUUGGUGUUCAGUGCUAUCAACAAGGUGGUCAUCUGUUUCUCUGGAAAUUAAAUUGGCCCCGUUGUCACUCUUAGUGUUUGUGCCUUUGCAUGGGGUUGUUUGUGACUGUAGCCACGACUGUGGUCGUACUUUCCUUCCCACCAAACGUUAAGCAUCCGCCCACAAACCUAUAACAUAAAAGCUCACUUACAUGAUGUGAUGUCCAUAGACUUUGGUUCUGUUGUUUGACUACCUUUCAUUUCCCCCACAAUCCCAGACACAGCAUCAAUCUGGGGCAUGGUGGGGAAAAUAAAAUGGAGGCAGUGCUCUCUCAAAUUAAAGUUAAUUAAAAUUUAAAAAUUUAAAAGUGAGGCUUUAGCCACUACAGCUAAAAUGGGUAAACUUCUUCCAUGAGGGUGUCUUUUGUAUCUUCAGAGAAUCAGUAAAAUGGCUCCUGUUUUUUUGGCAGAAGGGGGGAGUAGGGGUUCCAAAUUUUGUUUGUACUUGGGUGGAUUUUGUGUGGGAGGGUGGGGGGAGGGAGGAAAAAUGGGGAAAUAAGGAUGAUAUGUUUCUGGAUAAUAUGUUUUGUUUUAAUUUUGAAUAAUUUUUUUUAAAAAGCAAACAAAUUUUGCUUGUACAUUCCCAAUAGAAAAUUUGAUUAAGUCCUUUGAACUUUCACCACAGCCCUGGUCACGGCAUGUCAACAAAGUGUCCAACCUCUGAAAUGCUCUGCUCUGUGAAAUGUUUCUCUCAAGGCACAAACUGAACAGUUCUGUGAGAAGUCAGUUUUGACUUGCUUUAGCUAAAAUCCAGGACAACUAAUCCCCUGUUGCAGGAAUUUCCAAACUCUAGUCCUUCAUUCAAGUGGUCCAUGGCAUGUCCGUAUAAAAUAUUAAUAUUGAAUUUUUAAUUGUAUUUUUAUUGCUUUUUUGUUGCUUGUGUUGUAUUUUAUUGCAGUACGAUUUGAAUUUUGUGGAGUGCGAAUUGUAAUACAAUAAAAUACAAAAUUAGAAAUAACAGAAGCAAUAAAAAGACAAUUAAAAAUCACGCAGCAUCUCACACAGCUCAUUGCAAUUGCUCUAACAGGCAGAAAAACCAUUAAGUGGUUCACUAUGUCCAUCAAUGAUUUUCAAGUGUUUGGGGUGGGGAGUUUGGGGGCCACUGCUCUGUUGUACAGUGUACUUCUGUUGGAGACUUCCUUUAAUUGGUUGCUUGUUACUUUUCAGUUUGAAGCUGCAUGGGCAUUAACAAACAUUGCCUCGGGCACUUCACUACAAACCAAAAUAGUAAUAGAAGCUGGAGCAGUUCCGAUCUUCAUUGAAUUGUUGAGCUCUGAUUUUGAAGAUGUCCAAGAGCAGGUAAGGCGUUUUCAGGGAGAGCUUUUGGCUUAGCUGUGGGAGAGCAGUUCCAAAUAAUUUCUUUGCUGCAAAGCUUUUAUAUGAUAGAAAAACUGGCUGUUCCCUGUUGCUUGUGAAGCCCCUACCCUGCCUCUUCAGUGUCAUUGACAAAGCUGCAGUGAUGUCACAGAAAGCUCAAGGACUGUCUUUCCCCGUAUGAACUGACCCAGACCCUGCAGUCAAUAUCUGAUACCAUUCUUCAUGUGCACCCUCCACGGGAGGCCCAGAGAGUGGCAACACAAGAAUGGGACUUUUCUGUGGUGGCUCCCCAUUUGUGGAAUGCUUUUUCCAGGGAGGCUUGCCAGGUGCCUUAGUUACAUAUCAUUAGCAUUCCUUUUCAACCAGGCCUUGGGCUGUUAAUCAAUCUAUGGCCUUUUAAUGCGGUGUGUGUUUGUGUGUGUGUAAACUGCCUUGUGGUCUCUUGAUGAAGGGUGGUAUAUAAAUUUAAUAAAUAGUAAUAACAAAAGCAUCCUGACUGCUCAGAGCAGUGGGCAGGGCCUGUGGUGGCAUUAGUGCUUUGUAGGCAUGCUCAAGAGCAGUUGGCAAGAACGGGAAUGGGGCAGCAAGGGAACAUAGGAGCUUGAAUCACUGUGGGUCAAUGAUUCAAAGUAGAGAGAGCAAGAUCAGAAUGCUAGGGAUGCAUUUUACACUGAUUUCAACCAAACAUUUGGCAGUAGCUCCCUACAGCAAUUAACAGCUGCCCACAUUGGUGUGUGCAGAAACUCUCAGGAAAAAAAAGCUUUGCUACGUUUUAAUUGCAAAAAUGACAAAUAGCUGAAAGUUGCCGCAAGUUAUUGGAUUCUUUGAGGGGGCCCAGGGAUUCCUGCUCCACCAUUCCCUCUCCAUUCAAUGACUGAGUGCUGAAGCUCCUGUUCUUCUUCCAGGCUGUUUGGGCACUGGGGAACAUUGCUGGAGACAGUUCUGCCUGCCGUGAUUACGUCCUCAACUGUGGCAUCCUCCCUCCCUUGUUGUUGUGAGUAGCUGUUGCAUGAAACUCCGACUUCGGGUGCUCCUUGGCAAUGCCUGUGUGCGUGUGUUCCUUUGUUUCCAUUCUACAGCCAUGGACGUAAAGAUUUUGUUAGGUGGCAUGAAACUGCCCUGGGAAGGGAGGACUUCCGGGGUGGCGCCAUCGGCAAUGGCGGACUCCCUCUGAACUGGAGGGACCAGCUCCACAGGAAUCGGGUCUUUUCCGCUACGGCGAAGUGGGGACCCUUUCAAAAAUCACAGGCGGAUGAAGCCUGUGACCAUGGGACUCGGCGGGCACCUUUAGCGCCCCCCCAACCCGCAAAGGAACCCACUAACGGGCUCCGGAGCGAAGAGGGGGAAGUGGCGCGGUGCUGAGAGUCAACUGCUUCUUCCGUGGAGCGAAGCCGCACAGCCGUUGCCGGAGAGCGCUGCCUUUUUCCUGGGACAAUUUGGCUUUUAAAACAAUCACCCGUGAGUACUUAAGUUUUGGACAAUUGGACUCUAAAUAAGGAUUUGUGAGCAGAAAGGAAAACUGGACUUAAAAGUUUAACUUAAUUUGGCACUGAAACGGGAAGGUCUAAACAGGAAGUCAGCCUUCCGUUUCUUUGUAGAUAGAUUAAAGCAAAGACACAGCAAACUAAAGUUCUGAAAAUCGUUUCUAAAGGAUUAACUUUCAUCAUUUAAAAUUGUGGAACCCCUUCGGAAGCAGGAGAAGAGGGGGAUUUUUCUGGACUGUUUAAACCUGCAGAAGUGAGUGUAAAGUAAAGUAACUUUCCACCGUCUUGAUCCUGGAGCGGGGUGUCAGGACUGACGUUCUUUGAAGCUCAUUGACCAGAGACAAACGUUUUUGACAGUUAGCUAAAGGAAGAGAUACAUAGUGAUUCCAUUGUUCCCCUUCGCAUUUUAAAGGAACAAAUAUUGACAAAAUAUCUGAAAAAGGAAACUUUGUUGUUAGAUUUGUUUUUAAAAGAAAAGAACAAGCAGAAGUCUUUCCCCUAGAGGGAGCCUGUGAAACUGUAACCAAUUUUGAAUCGGGAAGCUCGCAGCUGUUACAGAUUACGAUCGUGGGAAUAGUCUUCUGACCUUGCAGGACAAUGUAUUCAGAAGCUCUGUUGAGUGCUUUCUGUAAAACAAGUGCCCUACUGGAACAGCUACAUGAGAAGACGGAUUUUAUGACUGAUGCGAUUAGAAAUUUUGGACAGGCAGUGGGAUAUUAUAUAGAGCCCACCCAGGAAUUAGAUCAGGAGUGUGCCCUGACAGAACAGAUGAGGGAAGAGGAUGUUGCUGAAUCUUGGGCGCCAGGGAUGGAGGAGCUACGGCCCAGCAGGAACAUGAAUUCUUGGAUUUGAUAAAUGAACUUGGAAAAAGCCAGAUUUGGAAAGAUAAAGUUUGGUUUGGUUUGGAAAUGGGGGGUUGGAUAGACCCCCCUAUGCAGGGAGGUUUGGGCUUUUCGAGUCUGGCAAUGGGCCGUGAGAUGUUUGGGGUUGUGGGGGCUCUUAAUUUUGGAGGGUUUUUGAAACAUGUUCUUAAAUACCACAUGGAACUUAGUGGGAACUAUGGAAAAGGGGCUGAUUUGUCGAGAAGGAUCAAAAGCAUUGUCAAGCUGGAGCUCCCAAGAGUGAAAGAAGUAGGAGAUAAAGGAAAAUAUAGCUAUAAAUAUGAAGAAGAGCUGCGGAAGGGACAUGGAAGAGACUUAAGGGCCUCGGACAUAAGGUUACCAGGUUAAUGCGCUAGAUUGAUGGGAUAGAAAGGACUGACAAAACCCAGGUCCAGGAGGAAGAGACGCUGGAUGAAGAUUGGAUUGUUAUUUCUUUUAUUAUGAUUGUUUUAUAAAAUUGAUGAAUGUUAGAAAAAUGUUGGAAUGAAAUUAUUUGGCUUUAGUAAAAAUGUUUAAAGAAUUAUGUAAGAAUAUUAUGGUUAUGAGAAAUUGGUAAAAAUAAGAUUUAAGUUUUAAGUUUUAAGGUUUUCAUAGUAAGAUAAGAUUAAAAUAGAUUAAGGUAAAGUAAUGACAGAAUAUUAUGAAAUAUGGAAAGGAUUUGCUGUUACAAUUAAUAAUCAGGAUACAAAAAAAGGGAGGAGGAGGAGGUGAAAGAAAGAAGGUAAUGACAGUUAAAGAUAUGAGAAUAUUGGAUUUAUUUUUAAAUGUUUGUGGCAUAUUUGUUUUUUAAUUGUGUAGUGUUAUUUUUUGAUUUUGAUUUUUAUUAAUUUGUAUUGUUUGAAUGUGGUUUGUCUUUUCUUUGUUUUUUCUUUUUUUCUUUUUUAUUCUCUUUUGUAAUUUUAAAAUUUUCAAUAAAUAUCAUUAAAAAAAAGAAAAAAGAAACUGCCCUGGGAAGACCCAGUGGGAUUUUUCUCUUGAGUAGGAUCAAAUUGAUCACCAUAUUUGGAGUCUGGAGGAGACUUCUCCCCAGACGAGACUGGCUAGAGGUCCAGGAUAGAGACUCAUUUUUCUUAGUAACACGCAGCUUAUCACUCCAAUAACUUUAAACAACCCUGUAGGUAUUUUUGGUGUGACCCACCUUGUGAAGGCCAGAUUGCAAGAAGCCCAUGGUGGUUUAGCAUGAUGCUAGUGAUGAGGCUCACUUGAGGAGGGAUGCGUGGGAAAGAUCUCUGCUCAGGGAAAAAUGUGCAAGGCCUUCCUUCCUUCCUGAUAAUGAAGGAAGAUGGAAUGGUGGGUGAAGAUCAGAACGUGGAUGAGAGCCAGUUUUAUAUUGUGAACCUGAGCUCUAAGGGUGUAGGGUGGUAUACAAUUUUUAAAAAUAAUUGAAUGAAUGAAUGAAUGGAUAGAUAGGUUAAGACCUAGGACCUGGGAGACAAGGUUUCAAAUCCCCACUCAUCUCUCAGUGACCUCAGGUCAUUCACACUCUUAGCCUAACCUAUCUCACAGGGCUGUUAUGAGAAUAAAAUGGGGGAGGAGGAAAACUUUAUAUGCCACCUUGAGCUGCUUGGAGGAAAGGUGGGAUAUAAAUGUAAUAAACAAGCAUGUUUAGUUGAGCAACAGAGAGGCUAAUAGAUUCAGGUUUCCACUUGGUCAUUUAAAUUUGCUAGGUGACAUAAGAGCAGUCCUGCUGGAUCAAGCCAAACACAUCUCCAGUGUUCUGUUCUCACAAUGAUCAUCCAGAUGCUUAUAGGAAGCCCUCAACCAGAACAGACCAUGAUCCAGUUCUCUCAGCCUAAGCAAUCUCUCCUAAGUCGUGGUUGGGGGAUCUCCAGCCCAUGGGACAAAUGUGGCCUGGCACAGUUUGCAGUUUGGCUCGCAAGAUGGUCCUCCCUCCCCCCACCCCCAAAUCUUGCUUACUUGUCCCCCACCUGAUGUUACAUAUGAUGCUGGUGUGGGGCAGAUAGAGAUGUGGCUGGAUCUGCUGUGUGGUAGACUUACCUGCGGGGAAGUCAGUCACAUAGCUGGUCCCUGCAGAAAGCAGCUUUGCCAGCCCUGUGCUCAGCACUUUGCAAAGCCCCUUGCACUGCAGUUCCCAAGUGCUUGACGGCUAGCUGGCUGCAAGAUAGUUGGGUGGGACAGCCCACCUGUCAAUCACAAAUGUUAAAAUAGGAUACCCCACAGAAGCUGCCCUGAGUAGGUGGGAGAAAAGGCAGGAUAAAACUUGAUGAUGCGAAAUAAGACGUAUCUUGCAAGUGUUCAUUGUUGCAUAGUAGGCAUUUUGGAUUUUGGAUUGAGGUAACUCAGCUUUCCUUUAAACAGACCAGAAAGGUCUGGGUGUGUUUCGGAUUCUCCUUUUCUACUUUUGCAGUUCAGCUUGAAUUCAAGCUGUCGCUGAAAGGAAAAGGACUUAAGGAUUAGAAGAGUUUUAACUGAUAAAAAUGAUGACUGUAAGAACAAACAAUCGUAAUCUCUAGAUUUAUAUUUAGCAAUGUAAUAUUUAUAUAAAGUAUAAUUUGUCUGUUUUCCAGACUCCUCACAAAAUCCACCAGGUUGACAAUGACACGAAAUGCUGUCUGGGCCUUGUCAAACUUGUGCAGAGGGAAAAAUCCACCCCCUGAAUUUGAGAAGGUGAGAUAUAAAAGUGUGGCCUCUGCCCUGGCACCUUCCACAGAAUGAUGUCGUAGAACUCUAGACUAUACUAUUUGAAGUAGAUGCCCACAACCACACUCCACCCACAUGCUUCAUAUUUUGUAAUGUGGGGCCAAAAAGUCUGUAAGAAACUACUACAUCUGGAAGAAAGUUUCAGGGUUGGCCCUUGGCAAAAAUAUCCACUGCUAACCCUGGGUUGUGUGCGAAGUAAUGAGCAUGCCAGGAAUAGCCCACCAUGAGCUUCUUCUACACGGACAUCUCACUGUGACCCUGCUGUGCUCUCCAGUAGACAGUGAUUGUGAGCAACAGCCCCAAGCCAGGGUAAGGGAAAUGAAGGGGGGCAGAUUUGUAGCUUGGGCCAUUGGUUCAAACAAUCCAUCCCCACUUUCCCAAAAUGGAUUUUUAUGUUAUGAGUCAAGUUGGACAAGAGUUUGGUCUUGCAGUUGACAGGCAUUCAGGCAUUCUCCUUCAAUGCUUGCAACUUGUCCUGGUCCCCAACCCCAAUUGGUCAUGGGCUUAUUUGUCAUUCUGCCUCUCUUGGGAUCUUACUAUCUUUCCCUUACGAUUGUGCUUCUUGGUAGGUGUCAUCAUGUUUGCCAGUCUUGUCACGCUUACUCUUCAGCAGUGACUCAGACUUGCUGGCGGAUGCAUGCUGGGCCCUCUCCUACCUGUCGGAUGGCCCCAAUGAGAAAAUCCAGGCUGUAAUAGAUUCAGGGGUGUGUCGGCGACUGGUGGAACUGCUGAUGUAAGUGUCCAGCCUCUGAAGGAUGUUGGGGUGUGUGUGUGUGUAAUGGCAGAGUUGCCUCCCCUCUAUAGCUGGGAUUCAUAGGAGGACAUCUCUCUUACAUGACAGGGAUAUGGGUGCACAAUGUUAGCCACAUGUUGGCCUGAGAGAAAUGUUGGCACCCUUUGGAAGUUUUACAAAAGCAGUAUAUGCAAUUAAUAUUGACCGUUAUUAUGGCUAGAGUGGCUUCCAUUCAUCAGAAGGGGGAUAAUGUUAAUGUACAUUAUAGGUACUGAGACCUUCUGACAUAGGAAGCAUGGAAUGGCACCAGCCCCUGCAUAUAUGUGUGUGCACACACUGGAUUUAAAAUGGAAUAAAUAGGUGGGAUAAUGUGAACAGCACCAUAAUUUUUCUUUGGGGUUUUGUUUUUUUUACACACAAUUAAGUGGUGCAUAAAUCUUACAAAAUAAAUAAAAUAAAGUAGAUGUCUUAAGUAGGGCAGAAGUACCACACUCAAAAUGAUAGAGCAUAGCUAGUGUGAAGAGGAGUGAAGCAUUGAGAUAGGGAUUGGGGUGUUCCUUCUGCUGGGUAAUAAGGUGGGCAUCUUUUCCUUUUCUUCUUCUCCUGGCAGGCACAGUGAUUACAAGGUGGCCUCCCCAGCUUUGCGAGCUGUUGGCAACAUUGUGACGGGGGAUGAUAUCCAGACCCAGGUGACGUUGGGAAUAAGAGUUAAAUGGGGCCGUCCCAAAUUCAGGAUACGGGAACCUACAACCACUGCAGAGGCCUGGUUCUGGAAGAUGCAUUUCUGUUAGGCUUUGGGGAGAAGAUGUGAAAGUGUCAUCAAAGCAAACACUGGCUUCAUUUGGGGGGGGGGUGUGGAUUUGCAGUCAUACAGGGAAAGCCGGAUUGUUUCUUGCCACUGUGAAUUGUAACAAAACAGAGACUUUUCAAGAUAGCUAGAGAGCAAGAGCUUGGUGCUCUUCUUUUGGGUAGGAGCAGCUGUCUCUAACAAACGCCUCUUCAACUUCCCCUUUUCAGGUGAUCCUGAAUUGCUCAGCUUUGCCUUGUCUCCUUCAUCUACUCAGCAGCUCCAAAGAGUCUAUCCGGAAAGAAGCUUGUUGGACGAUCUCCAAUGUCACAGCGGGGAACAGUGCUCAGAUACAGGUACAGCUUGCUUUGACUCAAAGGGCAGCAGACCUUUUGGGUCUUUUACUCUGGUAAUGUAAUGGGAGAGAUGGCAUGGGAAGGGCAUACAUAAUUGCUGCUGUUUGAAUGUAUGAGAAUACAUUCUCAUAAUUGCUGAGAAAUAAUUGGCUAUUUCUCAAGCAGUCUCCCUGUUGGGUACCUGGGUGCUGAUGCAAUAACAGUGCCAGCACUGCAUUUGGGGUCAGCCCUUGGGGCAAGGGGAUACUCUCCUCCUUGUCGCCACUACUGCUUGUUCACCUGCCUGCUUUCAGGGAGAGGGUGUGCAGGUGGCAGUGGCGAGGUGAAAGAGGGCCAGAAGGCUAUAGCAGUUGACAGCAGGCCACUGCUGGAGUAUUGACCUUAGCAGGUGCCUGAGAAAGCCAGCCCUGGGGUGUGGCAGCCAUACUGUUAUGGUACUUUACGGUACAAGCCUGGGGAUACUGCAGGGAGGGGAAAGCUGUUAGGUGGGAGAUUUAUAUUAAUCUUGCUCCUACAACUUUUACAAAUUGUAAGGAUGGAAAUAAGUAGGCAGUUUCUUACUGCUAAAGCAAAAACACUUUGGAAUGUGAAAGCUUCUUCAAAAGAAAGAAAUUCUUCUGGACCAAGCAUAUGUACAAGCCUGCCUGCCUGCUUUUGGAUUGCAUCUCCUAAGUAGAGGUGUUCUGAGACUUGUUCUCCUUGAAUAAUACUGCAGAAAUGAUAGUAGUCAAAGCAAACAAAAUGCUCUUGGCUGCAUGGCUCGGACAAUGACUGAUGAUCAUAAGGAAUUGUAGCAUUUUUUGAAGGUAGCAAAUGAUUUCUACAGCAAUCACCUGCAGCAGAAUGUGUUUUUCCCCUCAGAACAUAUACUCCCCAAAUUGCAUCUUAAUUCAUUUGAGAUACCUGGGAACCUUCCAUCACAUGCUUUCCCGAUCAUUUGACCUGAAACCAAAUGCUCCUUUUCAAAAGAUGGGUUUGCAAAGCCUGUAGCAGAUAUUGAAUAGCUACCUUCUGAGUCAAGUGUGGGGAACCUGGUGCUUUCCAGAUGUUGCUGAAGUAUAAUUCCCAUCAUCCCUAGCCAUGGGCCAUGUUUGCUGGGGCUGAUGGGGGAUGUAGUUCAGCAAUAUCUGGAGGUUCCCCCCACACCAACUCAAAGUAUUAAAGACCCCAAAACUUAAUGAAAUGACACCUGAGGUUCUCCAGAAUUUCUUGCUAGAAUUUUUGAAAGCCUGAAUCUAAAGAGCUGUGGGACUCUUUUGUUGAGUGCCAGCGAGAACCUAAUUUUCUGAAACGGCAGCAGCUCCCUUUCCAUCCUCCCUUCCUUUGCCAUGUGGCAAAUUGUUGUUGGAAACUUCUCUUACUUUCCAACAGUAGCUAGUGAUAACUGCACAAAGGGCAGUGGUUUAAAGAAAGUUAUCUGACAAUACUGCCAGGCUACUAUAAGGAAAGCUUUGCCUGAGCCUAAGCAAAUUUAGGGAAGAGACAUCAGCCAGAAUCCAGUUUGGGGAGAGUGAGCCCAUAGAAAGGAAAGCUGAUGGAAUGAUUGAACUGUCCCAUCAAUGUGGAUGGCAGGAGUUCCUUCUUGCAGGAGAAGAACUCACUGUUCUCUUUUUCACAUUCCCCCUGCAGGCAGUCAUAGAUGCCAACAUUUUCCCAGUGCUGAUCGAGAUCUUGCAGAAGGCUGAAUUUCGCACAAGAAAAGAAGCUGCUUGGGCAAUCACAAAUGCGACAUCAGGAGGAACCCCAGAGCAGAUCAAGUACGUUGAGGCUGUUCUCAUUUUGCAAAGUCUUUCCAGUUGGCUCCCCUCCCUAUUUGUAUCAGUGUUCUCAUUACCCACAGUUCCAGAAGAACUUCGCCGUGAAAGGACUUGUGGGAUGAGUUAGCAUACAUCGUGCCUAGUCUUGACCUGGCAUUUAUGGUCUUUGACUAAAGUUGGGUAGAAAGAGGAGUUCUGCAGUUACGUUGGGCUGCCUUUUAUUUUAUUUUGUGUUGUUUUAUUUUUUAAAGAAUAUGGAAGAACUGGUUAAAUUGUGGAGGAAGUUAGGGAUGGAUUGUUGAGAGAUUUAAGAAUUGGUCAGAAAGAGACACUAUUUGUGGUAGGAAGAAUGAGUGACAUGUAACUCCCUCCCCCCACUUCUUGCUCUCAUGAGAAAGGAGGACCAGGUUAGGAGCAUGGACAAGAGGAGAGCUCUCUCUCACUCCACACACCCUAUUUCUUUAUAGUUAACAGAAACUGAUUAUCACAACAAUAGACAAUUGGUACAAAAUAGUUUGGGAAACAGCCCUCCUUGAGAGAGUAACAAAUAAACUAUAGUUAACAUAUGGACAGAUCAAGAAAGAUGGCUUUGCCCCAGUGUGGUUUAAUUUCACAACAUAUGCCAGUAUUCCAGUAUUCCAGAAAAUGAACGACCCUCCCCAUCAGCAUUUUAGCCCAAUCUAGUUGAUGAAUUAUUAUCUUCACUCUGAACCCGCCUCCCAUGUUCAUCAAUGACUAUCACUCAUACUUAAUCUAAGCACAACUGCAAGAACUCCUGAUUUGGUGUCUAGCUGUGUGAUGCUGAAUGUUAUCUGUUAACUCUGUUCUAUUCUGUUUCACCUUUGUUUUUGUUUAAAGCAAUUGCCGAACCAAUAACUUGUACAUUGACCGCUAAUAAUGCUCCAUAUGUUGUAGAUAUUACUGCAAAUUUAUUGUGCUACAAAUGUCAUGAGAAGAUGUGGUCUAUUUAUUUGUAUCAUUUGUAUCAAGAUGUGGUCUAUUUAUUUGUAUCAUCGCUUCUCGGCCUUUUGGCUAAGAUCAAGUGUGUAGUAUUUGUAUCAUUUAUUAUUCCUAUGAGCCUUGUUUAUAAAACCCAAUUUAAAAUUAUUCAAAACAACAACAACAAACACACACCAGAAACUGAUGAUCAUCAGUAUUACUGGUGAGACAAGGGCAUAUUUCCCACAGUGUGUGCGGAAUUCAUUGCCUCAGACCGUUAAAUUGCUACAUUUUUCAUUAGAACAAAGGGCUUCUUUAAAAAAGUAUUAAUUCACAGCAGGUAAGUCUGAUGAUUAGUGCAGCAUCCUUGUUGAGAGCACUGUAAUCUUCCUGUUGGUUGGCAAGCACUUCCCUGGGGGUUUGGAGGGAGGUAAUAGAAUGUAGAUCAAAAUGUACAUGUCUAAAAACAGAGUAGCACAACUUGGCAACCAGGACAUACUUUUUCUGUUACUUUCAGCACUUUAACUUCAGCCGAACCUUGCAGGUUUUUAAACCCUGGCAUCUUCCAAGACACUUGCAUCUCCAAGCUUACCUAAAGUUUCUCCUGAACAGGGACAGAGUACCAUUCUCACAUCUUUUGCCAUAACCCAGCCCUUUCGUGUGAGAACAUGGUGGGGCAGAAGGGCAUGUAUUCCAAGCAAGCUUGAGUUACUUACCUCCCUGCCUCCCCCCCCACUUGAAACAGUUACAUAAAUUUGGCCUGAACUUCAGUCAGUAACGUCUGCCUGUUUUGGUUUGGUUUCGAACAUAGGUGAAGUUCUGAGCAUUUGUGUUCCCUUUCUCAGGUAUUUAGUCAAUCUUGGCUGCAUCAAGCCCCUGUGUGACCUUCUGACUGUCAUGGACUCCAAGAUCGUUCAAGUGGCCUUGAAUGGCCUGGAGAACAUUUUGCGACUGGGUGAACAGGAGGCCAAGCAGAAUGGCUCUGGCAUCAACCCCUAUUGCAGCCUCAUUGAGGAAGCUUAUGGUGAGUUGGCCAGUCUGCAUCUUGAAACUCUUUUCCCGAGGCAACUUAAUAAGUAUACCCUCAUUUGCAAACAUUUCCCAAUAAAUUGUCAGUGAUUCUUCCUUCACAUCCUCACACAUACCUGCAUGUGACCUAUGCUCCUCCAUCUCCACCAGCCUCAGCCACCUGCAAGUCCUCUUUCUUUCUUUCUUUCUUUCUUUCUUUCUUUCUUUCUUCUUUUCUUCUCUCUUAAUGGCCAGAACCGCCUCCCAGACUCACUGGUGUGAUGGAAGCUCUCAACUUCCUCAAAGGUCCACCUUUUCCUUGAACUUUUUGGCACACCUCCUUAGUCUCCCCAAACCCUGCCACAACCUUUGCCAACCUUCAGCUGUUUGGGACUACAGCUCCCAUCUGACAAAAAAGAUUUGAGCACAAGACCACCCUCUCCUCCUUCUGUGGUUUCCAGCAGCUAGUAUUUAGAAGCAUUACUGCCUCUGAGCACGAGGGCAGAAUUAUUGACAGCUGUCUCCUCCAUAAAUUUGUCCUGUCCUCUUUUAAAGCCAUCCACGUUGGUGGCCAUCAGUGCCUCCUGUGGGAGUGAGUUCCAUAGUUGUAGCUAUAGCAUAGCACCAGGUGGUGGAGCUGUGUAUGCAUAAUAACAAGGACAAUGUGUUUCUCCUCCAGGCUUGGAUAAAAUAGAGUUUCUCCAGAGCCAUGAAAACCAAGAGAUCUACCAGAAAGCCUUUGAUCUGAUUGAGCACUACUUUGGCAUCGACGACGACGACUCCACUUUGGCUCCCCAGGUAGACGAGGCCCAGCAGCAGUUUAUAUUCCAGCAACCAGAGGCCCCCAUGGAAGGCUUCCAGCUAUAACAUGUGUGCAGAGUGGGGGAAGGGGGGAGAACAUCGUAACUUUGUUGGAAAGUUAACUGCAGAGAGCCUUCACACCCCCAGCCGUGUUCUCUUCUCAGCCAAACAAAAGGCUGCAAAGUGCCCACUCCACCUGUUGCAAAACAGCUUUCUCCUUCACUGACACAUGGCAGCAGUACUUCGCGCUCAUGAAGAAGAAGCAGAAAAGGAGAGAUUCUUACACACAAUACAUUUUUUUUCUUUUUGCUGCUGCACAUGUGUGUCAAAAAAGCAGGUGCUGAGGUGGAUGAAAGUGGAGGUGUAAAUCAGUUACACCUUCUAGUGUGUGGUUUUCCUCUGGGGUUUUUUGUGUUGGUUUUUUCCUCAAAUGUGUAUCUUCAUUUGGGUACUUGAGAGAUGACUUUUUUCCAGUGGGAGAAGGCAAAAUAACGUAGAUCACAACCAAGGAAUUUAAUCCUGGAUGCUUGGGUUCAACUAUUUAAAAAAAUUCUUUUUUGCACAUCUUGAUUUUUAUUAAAGACUCUUGAUUGAUCUGCCAAAAGCAGCACUUUGGCCCUCAUUGUUCUGUGUCUCCCCCCCCCCCCGAAACCCUCUUGCCAAACAGCACCUUUUCAAGGGAUUUGGGCCAAGUUGCUGCUGCUCCUGCCCCCUCCGCAAAAAUAUUCCUGUACCCAGAUGCAGGAAAAGUUGGACAGCCCCAUCCCACCAGGCAUCGGAAAGACUGUGCUUCGUGGAGGGAUUCUUUUUUGAACUGCUUCAGAAUUCAAACAGUGCAGCAGUUCCCACUGUCUCCUGAAGGCCCAGUCUAAGGAAGAGGAAGAGGCCUCGAUUCAAAGGACUCAAAGCACAGCUAACCAUGAAGGUGGGCUUCUCUUACAUUUGCUACUGACUGAAGUGUUGAACUGGUGGAGGAAACCUCAUCCUGCAUCUUUACUUGAAGAAAAAUUUCAAACCUUAUUGAAGCCUUUUGGUUCCAUGUCAUUUAUUUUGAAAGGAAUUCUUUCCCUUUUUUGGGUCUUGGCUGGCUGGGGUGGGGACAAACCUGACAUGUUUCCUGGAGCAGGUCUUGUGCCUGCACUUGGUGCACAAUCUGCUCUCAGCUCAAAGAGUCAAGUGGCCUGUAUUUUCUCAGAAUUACCUCCUGCUCAACUGUGUCGUAUACAUUCUACUUCAAAAUGAAGAAGAGAAAGCUCUGUAUUUUUUAUAUAUUAUAUAUACACGUAGAUAUUUGUCUAAUUUGGUCUCCAGAGGGGGGGAACUAUAAUUCUUCUAAGGUAUAUAUAUUAGGAUACUGUGUGGCAGGCCUGCCUAGGAACACAUGGCCAUGAAAACCUCUUUGGUUAUCUUGAGUUCUCCUUUUACCUACUGUAGGAAGUGCCAGAUUAGUUGAACUCCCUUUACCAGGUAUAGAUUACUUGGCCAAGGCAAACUAUCAGCUUAUUUCUGCGAUGGGGAAUGGCCCCUUCAGAUUGCUUAAAUGCUUACGGUAUGCACAUAUCCCCUCCCCCUUUUCUUCUUCUCACUCUCCGACAUUUGAAUUCAGGGUUCCCAAAGCAUUCAAGAAGAGAAGUUCAGGCAGGUGUGAAGCUGGAUAAGAAACCUUGGGCUGCAUUUUGUAAUAGAGAUUUGCUCUUUGUUGUUUAAAAGGAAAAAAAAGUGAAACAAAUGCCAAGGAAACUAAUAAACUACAUCUGUGCAUUCAGUGAUUGCAAUUCAGAUAAGACUGGAGUGAAGACUGUUUUCCUUAACAUAACUAGCAAUAUCCAGGAUCCAAUGUGCAAAAUGGCAUGCAUGCUUUUAUUUGUGUCUUGCAGUGACCCUGCGAGGUAGGUUAACAUCAUUUUACUGUUGAAGGGGAAUGGAGGCAAAGUACUCCUGACUGAGGCCACAGUGUUCUCUUGAUGCUGCUGAGGCUUUGAAUCUACUCGGCAGUCAUAGGUGGGUCGGCACUCUUAACUGCCGGGCAGCACUGCUUUAUGCAGUUGGUGGCAUAGUUGUAUAAAUAAAUAAAUAAAUAAAUAAAUAAAUAAAGGUACUGAUUUUAGAGAUGCUUGCAUAGAGAGUAUUGAAUUGAAGGUCCCCACCGUACAGGCAUAGAUCAGGGAAUAUAAAGGGGGGGGGGAUAGAGACAGUUUCACUAUUUACCUUUUUGCCUUAAACUGAUGCUAGGAUUUGAAAUCUUGCCAGAAGAAAAACAGCCACAGUAAAUAUAUGGGCUUCUUAGUUCUUGCUGCAAGAAAUAAAAGUUAAACAAGAAUUCUGCCUGUUGAAAUAACCCAAAAGGUCAUAGAAAGUGCCUCUCCUGGAUCUAAGUCUAGGUUAUACAAGUCGUGUCACAGCAUGUGGAGGAGUCUGCUUUACUGACACACCAAUCUCAUCCUCCUGGUGCAGUUUUUCCUUUUUUGUUUUUGUUUCCAUGUAAUAUAAAUUGGAGUGGGAAACUUGUGGUUCUCCGGAUGAUGUUUGGACUACAGCUCCCAUCAUCCUUGACAAUUGGCCAAGUUUUCUUGGUUUGGUAGGAGCUUGAGUCAAAUGCCUUCCAAAGGGCUGACAAGUUUCCCUUUCCUGAUCUAAAUGAACCAAAGGCUCGAGCACAAGCAAAGCAAUAUAGACGCCUAGACAUAUUCCCUCAAAAGGCUUAGUACAAGUUAAAAUUGAAUGUGGGGAAUGUGUACCAUGCAGGUGCAAAUUCUUGGUUAACAUGUUCUUCUAGAGUCCAGCUAAAGUGGAAAAGUUCAGGGAGAGGAGGAGCCAAAAACUGCUGCUCUCUGAGCUGUGCUAAUGAAGUGGCCCUGCAUCCCUUCUUUCCAUUCUUUUAUUUUGACCUAAUGUUGUUGUUGCUAUGAAGUGGCAGAUGGGAAGAGGCUGGCUUGUUAAUGGAACUGGUGGUGGACCUUCACUUGCUACUUAAUGACAUCCUCGUCUCUCUGAAUUUGUACUGGUCUGUUGUCAUCCUGUGACCACAGGCUGAGCUGCUGGGGGACGCAAGAGGAACAUGGAGUGAUCUGAUGCCUGGAAGCUGGCCUUUGCAGGAAUCCACCUUAGAGCCCACAUGGGUCACCAAGGGAGAGGGUGGUGCCACUAUAAUGUGCUUGGGAGGGGGAACUUCCUCCCUGCUGUUCUUGUUCCCAGCUACUGAGGGAGGCUCUUCCGGUCAGGUGUGAGAGAAUUUGAGGUGUGUGGAGAGAGAGAUUGUCCUUUUGAUGGGAAGUUCUGUGGCUGGGUGGAGGAGAUACUAUGACCUUUUAUGUAGAUUUGGAAGCUGAGAAAGAAAAACCAGAUUAUGGUCAUUGGGAGGGAAACUGAGGCAAGGAGAUGGGGGUUAGGAAGCAGAGUGAGCAAGGGGGGAAGCCCCAGGUACGUCGAUUAUGCAAAUAUAAGUGGAUUUUAAUAUAUUUGAUCUAUAUGCUGAUGUCUCUGUACAAUCUUUGUAAUACACCCAGCUGAUGGUGUGAAAUUCCUGUGCCACACAACUCCUACCUGUAUUCUUUCCCCACUCCUUAGGAAUUCCAGUCAGGCCAGGGCUGAUUUUAAUAUGUCUGUUUAUAACUAAAAACCAUACUGCCUCGUCUCAAAUACAAGCAUAUCAACAAAUGCAACUGUUGCUCACAUUGAUUGAGAAAUUUAAGUGGGGCUGAAUGAUGCUCAUCCAACAACCAAGCUCUUCUGUUCUCUCACACUCCUAAUAAGACGUUAGCUGCAUGAGGGGCAAAUGUACUUUUCCUUACGAUCCCAAUGAUGUGAAAGUAGAGUUGGUCUGCUUUGUUUGCUUUAAAAUAUGCAUGUAAAUAUGCAGACGCCUUGAACCUUAAGUAGGUAUCCAGAUCUACUUGUUCUGUAAAAAAAUAUGUACGAUUCCUUUGCCUACUCGCCUACCUGCUGUUCUGGAGGUCUGAAUAAUACCGUUUUUGGAACAGGACAAGGCCACUGUGACCAGGACUUGGACUACUGAAAGCAUCCAUUCUGAGGAUUCCCUCUCUUGCCUUAAGAAAUUAUGUGACCCAUCACAUCUCAAAGGACAUAAUCAGAAACAGAUGCUUCUUUUAAGGCAGGCUUUGCCCACCUGGUGCCCUCAAAUGCUAUUGCACUGCAGCUCCCACCAACCCUAGCCAGUACUGAAUGGUACUGAUAGUUGCGGUCCAGCAAUAUUUAGAGGACACCAGGUGGAUGAAAGCUGCUUUAAACCUUCCAGCGAGUAAUUGUGAUGCAACUUUGUUGUUGUGGUAGAAAACUUGGUUUAUAUCUCUUAGCAUGAUUUUUAAAAAUCAGAUGAGUGUGAGGCAUAAUGUAUAUGCCCCUUAUUUGAGCAUCUUGGUGAAGGAUCUUAAUACAGCUGAUAUGAUUUCUCAUAGCAGACAAAGGUAGAAGUAUUUGGGGUGGUGGUUGUUUUUACUAUGGAAGUGUCAUUUGGCUAACUGGUCAUCAGACUGGGAGAGAAAACUUAUUACUGUAUUAUUACUGUGUAGAAGACUAAAUUCUUUUGAUAACAAAAAGCCCAAGACCUGUGAGUAAUAGAAUUCCUGCUUGAAGGAAAGGGGACUGCAGUCUAUAAUGUUCCAAGGAUUAAGUUAGAGGUUGUUGACUGUCAUUUUAGGUUGAUAUUUGGAUUUCUGAGUGACAUGGGUGCCAUCCCCUCUGGCCACUUUUACCCAAAUCCCUUGUAAAAGAAACUGUGUGUAUUCAUGUAUGCACUUCCUCUCCGUGAGGGAGCGGCCUAAUCCAGGGAAAAAGUUUGAUCCAGUAGAACUAAUCUAGUCCUUGAAAAUCUCAUAGAGUAUCACUGUUCCAGUUUCCUCCUUCAACUCUGCACUUUUUAAGGGGAGGAGUAAACCAUCCACAGAACCACAGAACCUAAAGAGGCUUCAUAGGAGGGUUUCUAUGUUGGUGAACUGGAUAAAUGUAGAACGGUGAUAAUAUACUUGAAAUUUUCAAUUGAAACCUAGAAAAAUUAUUUCUAGCAUAAAUAGUCUAGUAAAUUUAAGGAAACCUAAUUCCUACCUAGAAGCUUUAUACUGCUAUAUGGAUAAAACUAGACUAAUGCACUGCAAAGUGCACUUUUAUUUCUCUCUGGGGUUUUAACAAUAUAUUUAUCUGCUUGCCUUUCAGACAGAAUAAAUCACACUGAUGAAAACAACAUAAUUAGCAAACAGGAUAAAAUAAGGGAAUGCAAUAAUAACUGCAUUAAUCUGAUAAGUCUAUUGUAGAAUUGGUGCAACUUGGGAAACCAUGCUUUUUUCCUGUCCAUAUGUUUAAUUCAGAUUUCCUCAUACUGCAGAAAACCUGUUAAGUAAAAAUAUGGUGCAUAUCAGAAGUCAUGGAUGUGGUGGAAGCCUAUUAGCAUUUUUAAAUUUUUAUUCAUUUAUUUUUGAGCGAGUGGUUUGUCACGCCCAUUUGCUCCUUGCCUGAUCA